GAGGCUCAGUGCAACCGAUUCCCGAACAUGGACAAAUUUCUUAUUUCGCGAAUCACGAUGACCCCAGCGGCCAGCCAUCAUUGAUCAUCGAUCAGCAUUGGUCCUGUGUUUUCGCUUCGUAAUCCUUGGGGUUUGAUCCUGACAUAUGAAGGAGAAAUGACCUGCGGACGACGACAGCUUUCUUCAGAUUCAUCAUGCCCACAGUCACGCUAAACACGAAUCACUUUAGCCUCGAUGUCGGUGGCUUCGCAGGUUUCUUUGGAGGCGAAGAGGCGGUCUCCGCUAUGGAGACUGUGCAUCUCUAUAGAGCAAGACGGUGGACGGGUUGGUUCAAUUCCCCAGGCAGCUACAGUGUUGGCAAGCACUAUGGCCAGCUUGCCAACUCCCGUCUCUGGGAUGGAAUGUUUCCAGGACCCAAUUCAGACCCUACCACGUACAUAGGGCUCGAUGGAAAGACCGGGCCCCUGUAUGUCGCAUCCCAGUCCGGCACGUUCCUGAAGCAAACGGGCCACCUUGCAUACCUGUUAAUGCAGAGAUGCAAGGACCAACGAGCUGUGACAGUAGCGGGAAGAAGGACGAGACCGAAUAAAGUUACCAUCUUGGAAACGCAAGACAUCGAGUUCAGCGCUGAUCCCGUACCUAGCCUUACCAUCCGUGCCCGAGAUGGCUUUCACAAACACGUCGCUUUUCUCCCUAUCGCCACCAGCAUUGCAACGUGUGUACUUUGCGCAUGGGACAAUGACUGGUAUUGCUUUUCCUUGAUCCUCCUCGGCAUUCUCGCCAAUGGCAUUUCGUGUUUUGUCAUCGGCUCUGCAUCUAUAGUCCUCCAGAGUGUCGCCCCCUCUAAAAAUGCACCGCCAGGUGAUGGCAUGUUGAUGGAUGGAAAUCACGUAGUCGUCAUGCGCGGAAAAGAGAAGAACGUUAUUGCCAUCACGCAGGGCAAGUUCCAGUUGGAGUACAAGCCCUGGGUCCGUAUGCGUAUGAGGAAGGAGAGGAGGAAUCGAAGCAUUGUAGGAGAUGGGAUCCGUAACGUCCACUGGCUUGGCAAACAGGAUACAGAGGGCGGUCCGGAGGUGCAGAAUGAUGAGGACGCCGAGAUCAAUGACGAAUACGGAGCAAUCGGGCUCUGUUCACUCCUCCUAGUCGCUCAGUUUCUGACGCAGUUACUCCUGAUACCACAGGGCACGCUGUUCGGGCAGGUUAUGUUCCUAACUUCCUUCGCCGUGUCAUGGGCCUACAAUCUCUUCUUGUCGUCCAUGGACAAAGAAUACCUGCAGGAGGACCUGCUCGUUCAGGCGCUGGGUUUGUCGGAGGACCAUAUGACGACGUACAAAUUGGGCACAAGAACAACUGCAGCUGUGUUCGCUUGCCUAGCCCUUCAGCCCGACUGCGAGUCCGGAGAGUGGGGGAAGAAGGGUUUCAAACCACAAGAGAUCCUUCGACAAUUCAUUCCGAACGACACAGAAGUGUGGGCGGUCUGGAGAAACCAAGUAUUGGAACAGAUGAAAAGCAACAAGUCGGUCUUGCAAUCACUUGAUCUUCAAGUUGAGGCUUGUGGUGACCGCAUAGCUGCGUUCGAUGAUGCCGAGAAGAAGUUGUUGACUGACCUGCUCUUGGAUGCUCGCACUGCAUACAAGCAGCAUUUUAUACUGCAGGCUCGGCGUCGCAGCGUGAUUAGCACGUGAAAGCGGAGGCGUAGUAGGUUGCUAGUCUUGGGAGUUACUUGGACCCCUUCGUGUACAUA